UGGCUUUGUGGCAAAAUAAGCAAUGGAGAACCUGUUUUUCUUUUGUGCUUGUGCUCGUACGGGGCAGGUAGAGCAGCGUGGGGCAAAAGCAGCUUCCAUCCUGUGUGAGUCUGCUGAAUCAAGGAGCCGGAGGAUGCAGGUGGCAGCGAGGCUUUGCUCCAGCUUGUUUGAAGUUUUUUCCCAUGUCAAAGGUGAAGGAUUAUGCCUGGCAUAGGAAUUUAGUCUUCAAGCGAAGGACUUCAAGCGCUGAAUCUCAACUCCUGGGCAGAAUGUGAACCGUGGCCUGUGCUACACACUAGUUUUGUGUGUGAGUGAGGACGUAUCCGUCUGAGUAAAGUGAGAUGCUUUUCCUCAGCAGUGGGACCGUGGAUGCGACCCCAAGGAGUACAAGUAAUGGGCAACAGCAGCAGCAGCAGGGGAUGACUGUCUACCACAUCUCUGUAACCCUGAAGGAAACACAAGAAGAUGCAGCAGCAGCGUCAGAGCUGGGAUUGGGCCGAGUCACCCACACCCUGGUGGAGAACUGCCAGCCAGAAGAAGAGAUAAUUAGUGUAGUGCCAAUGGAGAAGAGCCCCAGGCUGGGCAGGGCACGACAGGAGCUCGACAGGUGGCCCUCCCUGAGCCUUACAGGUAGAGGUGGGAGGCACAGAGAGGAGGUGGUUUUGGAGGAGAAUGAGGAGGAGUUGGAGGAGGUGGAGGGAAAAAUGAAGACUGACAGGUUUUUGAACACAGGAAGCUCCUCACAACACGCCAGAGACGUGGCAGAGCGAGCAGCUCAGGCAGACAGGCAGAGGCAGCACGUAAAGAGCUCCACGAUAUGCUCCGUCGGCCUCCGUUCUAAAGGACUAGUUCUCGGGGAUCAUGGUUCUGUUACGGGACAUAGUUCUCUGCCACGGGCCGUGCUGCGAAGGCCACGUCAGGAUGAAGCCCUGCUCGGCCGGAGGACGAUGAGCAUGUAUGGCGACCCAGUCAAGCAACAAACAGAUUGGCAGCCUGAACAAGAAAGACGCCUGCGGAGGCCCAGGAGUGUUUGCAUGCUGGCAGGCCCAGGCCAAGUCCUGUCAGAGCCUCCGACCCAGCAACUCUGUAAAAGAGCAGGGAUUUCAGAAACCAACCAGCAGUACAGGAACAGGAAGGCUGAGUUGAGGGCAGUGGAUGGCCUCAAUCCUGUCGUGGCUCAACGGCCAUCAGCCGCUUCACAGGUGACCCUCAGGGGUCGUCAGAGGAGCUGGAAGCCCAGGCCCGUCAGCAUGACGGUACUGGAGCUAAGAAAGCGGGGCUCUGACGAUGAGCUCGACAGCCAGAGGAGCUGCAACCACACCGGAAGCGAUGGAGGUGGAUUUCUUAAAGGAGGCUUUCGUUGGAGGCUGUUUGGCAAAGAUAAGAGCAAAGAGAAGGAGGACGUCAAGGAUGUUGCAUCUUCUCCCAAAUCCAGCAAAUCUGAUGCUUCAAAGAGUACGCUGAGCACUUUAAGGCGGAGCCUCAGUCUGCGAAUCAGGAGGACUCGGCCUCGGGACAAAAUUAAUUUAGGGUCUGAGGGGGAAUCAAAAGAGAACUGUCGGACUAAAAGCACCGCUGAGGACCCAACAAUGGCUCCACGGCCCUUCUCGUACCUCACAGGAAGAACACUUCCACCUGCCAGUGAGCAGACAGAAGACGGGGGCAUGCAGUACAUUCAGUACCACAGCAGGGGAAAGGUCAAGGUGAUGGAGGUUCCCCUCUGUCCAACUAAACUGUCUUCCAAACCGGUUCAGGAAGAACCAAGCAUAUGGCAGCUCAUAGCCAACCGUUUCAGGAGGAAAGAGCAGCCGUACAGUGGCAAAUGUGAACAUUCCCAGAGCUCAGACCCCGGCCAACAUCCCCAGGCUGAGAAUCAUAAGUCACAGCCGGUCACCAUAGAGACUCUGGCAGACUCUGACUCCCACAAAGGUCAAGACUCCUUCGUCAACAGCCAGGAAUGGACGUUGAGUCGGUCAGUGCCAGAGCUGAAAGUGGGCAUUGUGGGAAACCUGUCCAGUGGGAAGUCCGCCUUGGUGCAUCGGUACCUGACAGGCACAUAUGUGCAGGAGGAGUCUCCUGAAGGUGGACGCUUCAAGAAAGAAAUUGUGGUGGACGGACAGAGCUAUUUGCUUCUGAUCAGAGAUGAAGGAGGGCCUCCGGAGUUGCAGUUUGCUGCCUGGGUGGAUGCGGUGGUUUUCGUCUUCAGCCUGGAGGAUGAGAUCAGCUUCCAGACAGUCUACAAUUACUUCUUGCGCCUAUCCAGCUACAGGAACACAGCUGAGGUCCCCAUGGUCCUCGUUGGAACACAAGAUGCAAUCAGCGCCGCCAACCCCAGAGUGAUCGACGACUCGCGGGCCAGAAAGCUGUCGAACGACCUGAAGCGCUGCACGUACUACGAGACCUGCUCCACCUACGGCCUGAACGUGGAGAGAGUCUUUCAGGACGUUGCCCAGAAGGUUGUGGCCAUGAGGAAAAAGCAGCAGCUCUCCAUUGGUCCAUGCAAAUCCCUCCCCAACUCUCCCAGCCACUCGUCGGUCCCCGCUGCAUCCAUCCCCUCCGUUCACAUUAACCAGGCGGCCAACGGUGGGGGUGCGUUCAGCGACUACUCCUCCUCCGUUCCCUCCACCCCCAGCAUAAGUCAGCGGGAGAUGCGCAUUGAGACCAUCGCUGCCUCCAACACGCCCACGCCCAUCCGCAAGCAGUCGAAGCGCCGCUCCAACAUUUUCACAUCACGGAAAGCCAGUGAACAGGCAAAGAGCGUUGACAGUAAAACAGACAGCAUAGGCAGUGGGAGGGCCAUACCUAUCAAACAGGGAAUCCUUCUGAAGCGAAGUGGCAAAUCCCUCAACAAGGAGUGGAAAAAGAAAUAUGUCACACUGUGUGAUAAUGGCGUCCUCACUUACCACCCCAGUUUACAUGACUACAUGCAGAACGUGCAUGGCAAAGAGAUCGACCUGCUGAGGACGACGGUGAAGGUUCCCGGGAAGCGACCGCCCCGAGCCGUGGCCACCGUCGCCCCCACGGCCAGCCCCAAAACCAACGGGCUGACCAAGGACCGCAGCACCUUGCAGCUGGGCAUCGGAAACACAGGCGCCCCUCACUCCAACAGCAGCUCGUCCCUCCAGACGGGCGGCUCGGUGUUCGGCGGCAGCAAAGACGGCAUGCACCAGCGCUCCUUCUCCGUGUCCAGCGCCGACCAGUGGAACGAAGCCAUCAACACCAGUACAAGCAGCGGAGCCCCCAACGGGAUGAGCGAUCCCGCAAACGCCAGUAUGGGCAGUGCGACAAGUCCAAAGCUCGAGCCGCCUCCGUCGCCGCACGCCAACCGCAAGAAGCACAGACGGAAAAAGAGCACGGGCAUCACCAAGCCAGACGGCUUAUCCGCAGGCAACGAAGAGCAAGAAGACUCCUUUGAGUUCAUCAUCGUGUCGCUGACGGGUCAGACGUGGAACUUCGAGGCGUCUACGUACGAGGAGAGGGAGCUGUGGGUCCAGGCCAUCGAGAGCCAGAUCUUCGCCAGCCUGCAGUCCUGUGAGAGCAUCAAGAACAAGUCUCGGUUAGGCAGCCAAAGUGAUGCGAUGGCCAUCCAGUCCAUACGAAACGUGAGGGGGAACAGCUUCUGUGUGGACUGCGAUGCACCCAACCCGGACUGGGCCAGUCUGAACCUGGGCGCCUUGAUGUGCAUCGAGUGCUCCGGCAUCCACCGGAACCUGGGCACCCACCUGUCCCGCGUGCGUUCCCUGGACCUGGACGACUGGCCGGUGGAGCUCAGCAUGGUGAUGACUGCCAUCGGCAACGCCAUGGCCAACAGCGUGUGGGAGGGCGCGUUGGAAGGAUACACCAAGCCGGGGAGCGACAGCACCAGGGAGGAGAAGGAGCGCUGGAUCCGAGCCAAGUACGAGCAGAAGCUGUUCCUGGUGGGGCUGCCCCAGUCCGACGUGCCUCUGGGCCAGCAGCUGCUGCGGGCGGUGGUGGAGGAUGACCUGAGGUUGGUGGUGGUGCUGCUGGCCCACGGCACCAAGGAGGAGGUUAACGAGACCUACGGGGACGGAGACGGACGCACCGCCCUGCACCUGUCUUGCGCCAUGGCCAACGUGGUCAUCACGCAGCUGCUCAUCUGGUACGGCGUGGACGUGAAGAGUCGCGACGCUCGCGGUCAGACGCCGCUGUCCUACGCUCGGCGAGCCGGAAGCCAGGAGUGCGCCGACAUCCUGGUCCAACACGGCUGUCCCAACGACAGCAGCAGCCUGACCUCGGUGGCCACGCCCAACAUGAGCCGCCGCAACCCCAACAUCAACAACAACAACGCCCAGUGUGAGCUCAACCGCAGCAUCAGCAUCAUGUAGGAGCCGGACAGCAGCCCCGCAGAUCAAAAAACAGAAGAAGAAAAAAAAAAACCCAACCUGUGUCUCUUCCCAGUACUUCCUCCUCUGUUUCGCACUGUGUAACCCAGAACCAGAACCGAUGGAGACGCGUGAGGAGGGACGAGUGACUUGUUCCACGGCCGCUCGGGGCUCGGACGUUGUACAUUGUUUGUUUUAUAUUAUUGAUUUGUAUUCAGUUUUUUUUUUUGUUUGUUAAAUUUAUUCAAAUCUUGGUCUGAAACGAUCAUGAUCAGCUUUAAGCUUCUUGUUUUUUAAGCGUCAACCAAACAAAUGACUUACUUUGGCAUUCAUACUUACCCUACGAAAAGUAUUUCCUUAAUGCUUGAACAUUUCCUUUGAUGUUUCUUCCCCCUUCUGCGAUGUGAACCGGUUCUAUAAUGAGCGAGAAACUUUCCUCCGAUUUCCAAGCCCGAGCGUAGUGACAUAAAAACUGUAGAGAAUAGUUUUCUGUUGUUUUUUUUCUUUUUGGCAAGUGACAGAACACUGAUGUGGGAAAGAAACUAAAUCUCUCGUGAUAUCAAUGGCUGUUAGAGCUUUCGUAAUGAUGCAUGUCUUCAACACAGCUAACUCUUGACAUACUAUUCAUAUACAAACGCAAAGCAAUUAUAGUUAAAGAGUCCAAAUGAUUUAGAUACUUAAUUCACAGGGAAAUGGAUUCGGAUCAUCAUAAAGGAGUUGAUUGCAGAAUUUCCAUUGGGUGAAAGUGAGUCAUUUCCCCUCGCCACCCUUAUCAUGAUCCUCCAGCAAAAGUGUCUGUGACUAUAAAGGAAUUAAGGGGCAUAAUGUUUUAUGACCAUCGAGCCACAUGGCUUCGUAAGUGCUCCUCUCCAAUCAGAAUUCAUUCAAAUUCAAAGGUUUGAUUGAAACAGUGAGAUUGUACCAUUACCGUGUCUUUGUUGGAGUAAUUUUCCGAUUGACUGGAUUGUGUUGAUAAUUGUUUGACACAGAUUUCAAAGCGUACUGGGACAUCCGUUCACCUCCUGCGGCCAAAAGCUGCAAGAAAAAAAAAAGAAGAAAAAAUUGGUACCGUUAAAGAACACUUCCUCUAUUGUUGCUGUGAAAUACAUAUAUGGUACUGUGUGCGUGUCCGUACAUUACGUGUGUGCUUACGUCUUCGUCGGUGACCGUGUGAGAGCGACUGGGCAUUUCUGUUCACUGAAGGACACUGGAGAGAAGACGGACGCCUGCAGUGAAGACUUGGGAACAUAACUGUGUUUUAAUGUACAGACCUCUGUAAAAAAGUAGUUCUUGUUCCUUCGCCUUAUUCCUGAUAAGAACAGUAUGAACUUACUCGGACUUGUAGAGUCAAUAAAAGCAGCCCUGUCCCCUCCCCCUCCCCCUCCAGUCCUGUCAGCCGAAAAGCAGGGAGUUGUUAACGAAAUGCAAAAUGACUGAAGUGACAUUUAGGGACGAGCAGCGAGGCUCAUAGAGGGAAGUUCUGAUUAGUUAACAAACAUGUACGAUACGACAUGAUGAUUCAUUUAUAGUAAAUAGGACUUCAGGUGGCUACAAACGGUUUAUUUUCUCUUUUAUUCGACUGCCAUUUGUGAGGUUUUAAGAUAUUUUAACGUUUACAGAAGCGAGUUGUUCACUUGGUACCAUAUCCACAUGAGUUGCUUCACAGCGUUCAGGACGUAAAUGAACGGAAAAAGGAUAUCUGCUAAUCCAGGAGAAUUUAUCAAAGGAAUAGUUUGACAUUUUUUUAACUGUAUUAAUAUUUGCUUUCUUGCAAAAACAAAAGUUUGAUGAGUACAUCCAGCCUGCUUUAACAGAAAGCUGCACCUCGUAGCUCCAUAUAAAGCAUUUUAUACACUUUUGUUUCCCCCAGAUUCAACAACCUGGAUCGAUCUGAAGGUGCAGGUGGGAAGAUGUUCUUAACCUCCUCACUUGGUUGAGCUGCUUCCUGCCUUUUUCUUAAGGGCGAUAUCUUCUCACCCAACUCCCAACAAGAAGGUCGAUUUACAUGCAAAAAUGUCGAAUGAUUCCCACACCUGAUUUCUUUGAAUUCACUCGUACUGUACUGUGAUACUGGCCUUAUUUCUGAUCAUUACUUGACCAACUUAUUGCAGUGAGUCCGUUUCACUGUCCUGGGGGGGGGAUGACCUGAACCCUCAUUUACAAACUGUAGACAACUAAAAAAAAAGGAAGAAAAAACACUAGAAACUUGCCUGUUUCUCCCCCAAACAACACAACAUGAAGUGUACAUAUUAGCGUGAUGCUUUUACCUCCUCACAGAGAAACAAACUGAACUGGUUUUUAGGUCCUCUUGACCCACAAACCAUAUUUUGAUAUGUUGUUUUCAUUUCUCCUUAGGCAUAUUUUUAAGGUACUGUUUGGUCUCGACAUACCCGACCAUCUUUGGUACUUGUGUAUAAUGAUGUACAUUUGACAUAUUUAUAAUGCAGUAUGUAAAUAUCUUUUUUUUUUGUUUGGUUUUGUUUUGGUUUUGUUCAUUUUCCUAUUGUAAUUCCUUUUACGUUCAGAACGUGAAACAAAGCAGAAGCUAAAGAGUAACUUGUUGUAUGCUUGGAUGCUUGGCUGACUGUUGACCUAUUAAUAAACACUCAAAUAAAACGACGUAGCCUUCCCUGGAUUUAGGGAAAUCAACACA